AGAAUCGCUGUCGCCAUGACCAGUCAGUUGCAGGGGAUCCAGCAGCUGCUGAAGGCUGAGAAGUGGGCCACUGAGAAGGUGUCAGAGGCCCACAAGCAAAAGAACCAGAGGCUGAAGCAGGUCAAGGAAACAGCUCAGGCUGAAACUGAACAGUGCUACCUGCAGAGAAAGAAAGAGUUCAAGGCCAAAGAAGCUGCAGCACUGGGAUCCCAUGGCAGGUGCAGCACUGAAGUGGAUAAGGAGACCCAGGAAAAAAUGGCCAUCUUCCAGACCUACUUCCAGCAGAACAGGGAAGAAGUCAUGAAUAACUUCUUGGCCUUUGUCUGUGACAUUCAGCCAGAAAUACAUGAAAACUACUGCCUAGAUGGAUAG